CGCUGCUCAUUCAAGCUUCAAGCUUCAAAUCUACACCGCCAAUCAGUGAGGGUAACCCCAUAGAUGCACUUGUCUUCAUCUUUUCACUAUCUCGUUCUAUCCGAUAUAUGGUCCUUUCUGACUUUUUACUAUGCCCAAACGACCUCCGACCCCACCUGCACCGAAGGAGGCCGAAUUCUUAAUUGUAGUCUAUCCGUUUCCUGCUCACGCUGAUAUGAACAUUCUCGAGGACCAGAAAACCUUUGUGCGCUGGUUAGCAUGCUGCACCGGAAAGGAGAACUUUGUGGCUCUUUACCACAAGCCUGCCUCACCCAACAUGGUUAUCAUCGAAAUUAGGUGCAAAUUCACUAAUUGGGAUGGGUUACUUGGACUCCACAAGUGGUCUCAAUUUUUACGAGAUCCCGGUCCUGACGAGAGACAGAGAGAAUCCAAGAUAUUCUACUGUGUUCUGCCUAAUGGGCGACAAGUACAGAAGGAAGGGUGGAAGAAGCUUGAUGUUAAGGAAUCGUGGUUCCUGAACUGGGAUCCAGCCAAUGAUCCUCGAAUCGUAUUUCCGUACCCUUCCACGUCUUAUUGCGACACUCCUUCUGAAAAUAAGACGAGUAGGCCACUCUGUCGUCGACUUCCAGUUAAAUUAUUCCCUCCUUCGCCAUCUGUUCAGCCUCCUCCUGUUGGUAGUGCGAAAUGGCUAGCCAUGCGGGACCGCGAUGCGGCGUUGGCCAAAGCGAAACCUUCCAACGGUGCAUGGAGUAAAGGCGCACCUGCGGCCAUGGCUCAAGAGAAGAGAAACAUCAAAGCGCCGGUACCUAUGAGGUCUGGACCAGCGGGUGGUCCUUGGGCUCGAGGACCACCUGGCCUCAGCCCAAAUCUACCACCAGGACUAUUAAACACAAAUAGCGCACCGAUCCGAUCUCCAGUUUACUCCUCAAGCCCAUCCAAAGAUGUUGCUGAUUGGUCUGCCGUGCCACCCGCACUUUCACGUGGUACCAGCGAUGCGUCAAGCGAUAGUGGCGCGCAGUCAUUGCAUCGCAAUAUAGCUGAACUCAACAUCGAGGAUGAGUUUGACAUGGAUGAUGAUAAUGAAGAGGGUUUGCCCGUUAUUUACGGCGCUGAAGAAAUAACCAACGACCAGCUACCUGAGGAACCCCAAGAAUCUCUUUGGGGUAAUUAUGAGGCGGAGGGUGAUCCCGAGCCUCCUCCGGACGAGAUUGUAUGCACGAUACAUGGUACUACUUGUAAGAAGGGAAUCUGCAGACAGUAUGCGUCUCAGGCCAGAGAAGUUGAACGGACCAAGAGACAGGAAGAGCGUGAACAAGAGAGGAAGGCAAAGGAGGAAUUGCGGAAGAGAAAGGGAAAGAAUAAGGACAAAUCUGAUGCAAAAUCCAAGUUCCAUAUGGUUACCCGUCCACCUCCACCCCACGCCGACGCCUGGAGAAAGCCGAAUGACCCUAUUUCUCCUGCCCAAACUCCCGCCUCGCCAGAUUCUGCAACUUCGCCUGCAUCUGACUCCGUCUCACCUAGUUCCACGUCUGCGAAUCCAAUUCCACCACCUUCCGCUAGACCCGCACGGGGCAGAAAGAUGAACAGUGCUGGUAAUGUCAAUACUCAAUCAUCACCCAUUGUCGACAAGAUACGUGGCGCUAUUCGAUCUGAGGCGAGCUCUUCGAAUGGCGGCUGGGGUAAUGUCUCAGCAACUCCUUGGGACUCUUUCCCUACUACUGCUGGUGCCAAACGUCCUCCUUCUGUGGCUGAUAGCGGAUGGGGAAAGGUUUCUGAAGGUCCUUGGGGCCCUGCUACUCGUCCCUCUAAGAAAGGUCCUGCUUCUGUUUCUGCGAGUUCCACUGGCGGCUGGGGCAAACCUGCCCAUGGUCCUUGGGGCAACGGUUCAAGUCGUGCCCCAUCUUCGAAAGGUCCUCCUCCCUCUGUCGUCAGCUCUAACAACGGCGACUGGGGUGAAGUCCCGAAAGGUCCUUGGGGAGGGAGCAGCAAGGCGCCCUCAGUUAUCGACGAUGAUGCACGUACGAUCGCUGGCGAUGUGCAGAAUGCUGAGGACGUAGAUCCUUGGGCUGAUGAAGGACCUAACAAAAGCUGGGCUGAUCAAGUUCAAGAUGAACUUGAUGAUACUCGUUCGGUUGCUGCUAGCUCUACUGGAGGUUAGGGAACUGUCUCCAACGGCCCCUGGUAGAGUGCUGAAUGUCGUCUUACUCUGUCUUGGAAUGGCGAUAUCUCGGUUCCGGACCCUGUUGGGAAUGUAUGAAUACGAUGUGAUCUCUCUCCUUGUCUUGUUUCUUCGACCGCUUUAUGCGUUGUACAACAUAGAUAUCCCCAAUCCACAUUGCUAUCAUCUAGCUUUACUGUCGUUGUAUCCUUUGGUUGUGUGUAUCAUAGAUGUUUUGCUGUGUGAUCAUUAUAUGCGUACUUCUCUUCUGGCUUGACAGCGUUUCGUAUACACUCUAUAGAUUUAUCCGUGCUGACUACCUCGACUGGCGAACUGUUCAUCAGUGGGGGCCCCACUCGCAGACUUCACAAUGGUAUUCACCUCUUGCCGC